AUGAAAAAUGCUAUAGAGGUUGUUUUUCCUAAUGCACGACAUCGGUGGUGUUUGUGGCAUAUCAUGAAAAAGCUACCUGAGAAAUUGAGAGGUUACAAUCAAUAUGAAAGAAUCAAGUUUUCAAUGAAAAAUGUUGUUUAUGAUUCCUUAACUAUAGGAGAAUUUGAAGAAAGUUGGGGCAAAUUCAUUGAAAAGUAUAAACUUCAAAGCAAUAAAUGGUUAUUUAGCUUGUAUGAUGAAAGGCAUCGUUGGGUGCCUGCCUUUGUGAAAGAUACUUUUUGGGCAGGAAUGUCAACCACGCAGCGUAGUGAAAGCAAGCAUGCAUUUUUUGAUGGGUAUGUUAAUUCCAAGACCACAUUGAAACAAUUUGUAGAACAAUAUGAAUAUGCUUUGGCAAAAAAGGUAGAAAAUGAGAACAAUAAAGAAUUUAAUUCUUUCAACUCUUGCAUCCCAUGUAUGGUUGGUUAUGAAAUGGAGAAGCAAUUUCAAAGUGCUUAUACAACGGCAAAAUUUAAAGAGUUCCAGCAAGAGCUAAUGAGGAAGAUUCCUUGUGAUUUAUCUUCAUAUAAGAAAGAUGCUUACAUUUCAAAAUAUGAAGUGGAUGAAGAUAUAUUAUUUGGAGAAAGUCGUCGUCGUGUAUCUUUUAAUGUGUGCUUUGAUGAAGAUACUAAUGAGGUUUAUUGUAAUUGUCGGUUAUUUGAAUAUAGGGGAAUAUUGUGUAGGCAUCAAAUUGUGGUGUUCAUUCACAGGAAGGUUGAUCAAAUACCGGAUAAGUACAUUUUGAAAGGAUGGUCCAAAAAUGUUAAAAGGAGCCAUACAAAAGUACGAAUCAGUUAUGACAACUGA